AUGGCGCUAUCGGCGCUGCUCCUCCCCCUGCAGCGCCUGAUCGCCGAUAUCGAGCUCAUUUUCGACCACCGCCUCCCCUCCGCCGCUCCUUUAACCUCCCGCUCCCCGCACUCCUCGCUCUCCUCUCUCUCCUCUCUCUCCGCGGUCGGCUCCUCCUCUUCCGCCGUCUCACCUUCCCGCGCGCCCUCUCGCGAUAACAGCGACGAUAAGAGCAGUCGCUCGAACCGCCGAGCCGCCAUAGCUCUCGUUCUAGUAAUCGCCAUUGCGGGCGUCACGGUUUCCCUCAUUCUCGCGUGCUCCACCAGCGGCUCUCUCUCGCCGCGCCGCCUUCGUUUCAGCGAGCACGAACCGCCGUACGGCUCGACAGCGGCGGACUGGAAUCGAGUUCAGAGUCCAUCAGACGGUGCCGCCAGUAGCAGAUCUGCUUUUAGCGGGGAUGAAGGGGACGACGGGCCUGGAACCCCUUCCGCGGGUAGGGGCUGGUGGGGACUGACUCGAAGCGCGCAAGCGAAAGCUUCCGCCGCGGCAGCAGCGGCGUCUGCCGAGGUGCGCUUACUGCUGAGCCUGUUCCGCGUGACGGCGCUGGGGCAGCGCCUGGCGGAAGCCGUCACGCUGGAAUGCACGGAUGCUGUCGUCCGCGCACCUGAGCCGCAAGCCAGCCUCGCGUCCCCUUCCGCCACUGCCGCUGCGGCUGCAGCUGCGGCGGCAUCCGGAUCGCUGGGAUCCGCUUCCGCAUUGCCUGGGUCUUCCGCCGGUUUCGGCGCAGGCGCAGAUUCAAGCGCGCGCAUCGGGGCGGACGGGGGAGAUUUCGCGGAAGAUGGUUCCCUCCCUGGCGCGCACCCCGCCAGCGGCGCAUCAAGCAGCGCGCGUUCCGCGUCCGCGGAGCGCACAGUUGCGUGCAGCGCGCGGGAGAGGGCGGCGGGCGCGCCCCUGGCGGCAGUGAAGGCGCACAGAGUAUCCGCGGAGGACGAGGUGCUACUCGCGCUGGUGCGCGGGAAGAAGGCGGAGAGGGAGCAGAUAUCACUAGGCGUGACGGACCCUGCUAUCGCAUUCCUCUUCCUCGCCCCGCCCAAUGCCGCCCUGCCGUCCCCAGCUGUUUGGAACCGCUUCUUCGAGGGCCACGAGGGGAAGUACAACGUGUAUGUGCACGUGCAUCCGGGCGAGCACUCACAGACGCUCUUCUUCAACGACUCCCUCGUGCGCGCUCACCAUUACAGGGAGGGGGACAUAACAGCAGUGGAUGCGUUGAGGAGGCUCCUAGCCCCCGCUCUUGCCAACCCUCGCAACUUCCGCUUCCUCAUCCUCUCCCCCUCCUGUGUGCCAGUGCGCAACUUCACCACGGUGUGGCGCUACCUCAUGGCGUCGCCCCUCGCCUACCUCCACAGCUCCGACCCAGAGCCCUCCCCAUCCGCCUACUCCCCGCACAUGGCUCCUGACGUGCGCCCCCUCCAAUUCACCGCCGGCUCACAGUGGAUGGCGAUCACGAGGCGCCAUGCAUACGCCAUAGUGGAGGACCGGGCAGUCUACGCCAAGUUCGCUGCCUUCUGCCGGAACGACCGCUGGCACCACCACUGCAACCCCGCCCAUCACUACGUCCCCACUCUCCUACGAGUGACAUGGCCGGACAGGGUGGCCAACAGAUCAGUCAUCUACGCGCACUCGCCCUCCUCUCACCUCCUCGCCCCACCCACCCUCACCCCCUCGCGCAUCUCCUCCCUUCUCCUGCACAACGUGCAAGAAGCGAAUCACUACUACACAACCAGUCAAGCCAGUCAUACUUCUGUGCGGCGUUGCAUCGUGGAUGCCCGCCCCGCAAAGUGCUUCCUCUUCCUCUCUGGCCUCACUCCUGCUGCUGUGGACCGAUUCAACUCUCUGCCACUCCCACUGCUCGGUUAUUGA